GAGUGUAGCUCAGUCUGAGUUUACCUGCCUCACUGAGUCUAACGUCGUCCUUCAGCACCUGUUUCUUGAAACUAGUUAUGAACCGGUUUAAUAAUGAUGACGUCAGAAACCUCAGAGCGUGUUAAUCAUCAUCGUGAAUCCAGUGAUAUUAACGCUACAGUUUUACCCACAAACUUUUCCUUAGUAUUGAUUCACUUGCAAAAAGAAACGCAAGUGAGUGACGUCAUUCAGGGGUGUCAGGUGACAAAACAGGAAGACAGAGGUAAGAUUUCCUACCGGGACUUCCGCCCGGGAUCCGCUUCGGAUUAGAAACGAGUCUACAGCAUUUGAAAGAAUCAGCGCGAAGGAAGUAUGGAGGAUGAUGAACUUCCGUCAGAGGAUGGGAUGGGUGGGCGUGGCUCUCUACCUGCUGCUCAGUAUCAUGGCGGUGUACUACGUCUUUGAAGUGUACACGCUCAGUUUGGAGCGCGUACACAGAGGCGGGGCCGGCCCAUCAACUCUGCCCCCCGCCGUCACCUGGUCUCACCUGCCGUCACUUCCUGUGUGGAUGUGGGUCUUGGUCUUCCUGCUGCCGUACCUGCAGCUCUUCCUCUUCCUGUUCUCGUGCACGAGAGCCGACCCUCGAGCCGUCGGUUACUGCGUGCUUCCUUUCUGCAUCGCCCUGCUGUGCAGCCGCCGCCACACCACCCAGACACCGACCAGUUAUAAGGUAGGGUCGGUGAUCGACACAUAGAGAGGACCAAUUGCAGAGGCCGCCGCAGCUCUGGACUAUUUGUGUUGAUGUUUGUGGUGUCACUUCCUGCGUGCCUUUAAACAGUAACACUCCUGCCAGAUGUAAACCCUCCGCUCUGUCUUUCGGAAGCUAAGUUCAGGAUUGCCCUCAGUGUGGACUGUCAGGACCAACAUCUCAGCUGAGUUUGACUGUUAGAGAAGCAACUCUGCCCCCACUCUGGACUCUCAGGAUCAAGAGGGCUGUCCUGAGCAUCGACUGACAGGCUUUACAGUCGUCUGUACCUCAGUCUGAAGUUGUUAAUCAAUCUCCUGUUUUCUUUUGUUUAUUGUUACUGUGACACCACAGACAGUCCUAUGCUGUGAUUGACAGUUAUGAAUAUGGUGACAGCAGCAGUUCCAGCAUCCACACGUACUUUGACCAGUUACCUGAAGCAUUGGUCCUGUCGCUGUGUUUACCUACACGCUGAUAUUUAUAACAGAGGUUACCUGACAGCUGCUGGCCAAUCAGAGAGUAGGAUUUUCUGUUGUACCUUUCGGUAAUUAUGUGUUACAUGACACAUGUUGGUUACCAUGACAACUUUAUUACAUCAAUAAAAUGAAAAAACAAUGUCAUGUUCAGAAUUUUAUAAAGUUUUAUUUUGUUUUUAAUCUGAAUGAAACUGAACAGUCCUGAUUCCAUCACUGCAGCUCAGAGUAACAUGAGGAGACUUCACCUGGUUUUACCUGCUUCACCUGUUCAGUCAUUUGUUCCUGAUUCAGUGAGAAACUUCAUAAUAAUUCUUCUUAUUGACAAUAAAUCCUCCGUCUGACUUUA